AUGUCCUCUCCUACAAAAGAGGCGAGGCGGUCGCGAUGCAGGGCGUUCGCUUCACUGUACACGCGCAACGUGAUGCGGAUGGGUAGGCGGGUUGGAGCGGCGUGCGGCUCCGAGAGAGCUGGCGGUGGCUGCGCCAUCUUUCUCUCUUUCAUGUUCCUCGUGGGGUUUGGCGUGUUCUUUCUCAUGGAAGUAGUGGAGAUGACCAGCGUCAUGUCCACAGUCUUCUUCAGCGCGUCGUUUCCGCUGUGGAACCGCUGGAGCAGCGGCACCUCCGCGACCGUCGACUUUGCGGUGCGUAGCUUUGCUUUCCGGGACAUGAGCAAAGCGGACCAGCAGAGAGAGCGCGAGCUGCACGCACGUCAAAUUGAGGAGCAUCUCCGCAAGACACCGCACAGGCUGAAGACGAAUGCGGCGUUCGUUGUCAUGGGCGAAACGGAUCCGAACGCGUUUCGCUUGACGGGCGACACUGGCGACUCAGCAGUGCGAGCUGUAUAUGCAGUUGUGGAUGGCCAUUCACUGGUGCGGCAGCCCGGUACCGCACCGCUGCCGCACCUGCGCACAAUGUGGCGCACCUUCACCCCGGCGGAGCUUUACGAACGCUACGAUGCGCUGGACAUCGUGUACAGCUUCGUGAACGGUACGGAGUCGAAUCACUUUUAUCGUAAGCGACUCCGCGUCAAGUGCGGGCCGCAGAUCCUGGCUCUAGAGAAGCAGUACUUCCUGAGCGGCUAUACUGCGCCUUCCAUCACCGAAGACGGAUCGAGUAAUUUGACAUCACUGCUGUUCCAGCUGGCUUCCCGGUGCACCGCCUUUCAGUCGCUUCUUGGCAGGCGCAACGGCGAGCUUCUGCAGCUCUUUGGCAAUUCCACAAGCAGGCUACAAGUCGACGAACGUGAUCGCGAGACGGACGAGCUGCGGCACAGCCUGCGCAGCCUGGAGCAGCACGUGCGGUGGCACCGCGGCCGCGUGGUGGUGGUGUCGCCCGGGCACCACCCGACGUGGGUGGACGGCGCGAAGAACUUCCUUGCCGGGCUGUGCGGCGACGCGCGCGUGCAGGCGCUGCGGUCGAGCGGGACGCACCUGCGCGUGACGACGGUGCACCAGGACGCUGUGAUGCCGUACGGGAUGCGGCUGACGGUGGACUCGCACGUGAUCGAGCAGCACCUGUGGCGCGUGCGCAACAUGACGGCCGUGCACGUGUACAUGAACGACGACUACUUUGUGAACCGCGACGUCGCGAUCACGGACCUCUUCAACGAGUACGGCGGCACGAUCGUGCGGACGGAAGAGGGACGUGUGGCGGAGGGCUGGAGAGGGGAUGAGGGUGUGUCGUGGGCGGAGGGGGUGGCGAACACGGAGCUCUUCAACGUCUACCACCUUGAGCAUCUGCAUGAGGACUACCUUCCACAGCCCCUUCUGGACAGGUGGCGAAGGUUGCUCAAGUCGUACGCGGAGGAGAAGCAGUUGGCCAGCCAUGAGCUGUUUGCCUCCCUGGAGCCGAAGGUAAGGGAGUUAGUGGCGCGAGCACGAUGUCGCAGCUCGAGUUUAGAGGAUGGCGGCGUCGCCACUUGUGCGGAACUCGAGCAAGAGGCUCGCUACAUGCUCGCUUUCUCUGAGCUGUUCAAAGCCGCGAACACGUCUUCUUACUGGGAGGCAGCCUUGUCAAAUGUCAGCUCUACCACGUCGCUGCCGGAAGGACGCCACACGGCCGCGCAGAGGCACUACUACGCCACCCACGCGCCGUUUGUGUACUGCACGAACAUGUUUCGGCACUGGUCUGUGCGGUUCCGUGACGAGUUCGCUGCUAUCCAGUUGCACCAUCGCGAUCGCCGUGCCAGGGACCUCUUCGUACCAUUCCUCUACAACGCCUUCAUCAUGGCGAGGCCAUGGGAAGCCUCUGCAAAGUUUAUCCCUUACUUAGUGCAUCUGAAGGACGCGAUGGAGGCUGCCGCAGCUGCCACAACAGCGGCGCUGGCGCAUACCCCGCCGAAAGAGAUGGUUCCUUUCAUUGAUGCGCUCGUGGAGGAGUUUUCUAAGCACCUCGUCAAGUACGCGCCGAACGUUUCGAUCUUCCUUGACAACGAGGAUGGUUGUGCGCCAGCCGCGCUGUACCGCAAUCCAGCGGCUGAAGUGAUGUACAUGCGAGCGACAAACGACAUUGCAGCAAACAAGCAGAGAAUCGACGAGGUGAAGCAGACUAACCCGCUGUACUUCAACAUCAACGCCGGGUUCAGCACGGCGGAGGCCGCGGCCCAGCUGCGCAGCUUCCUGCACGGCAAGUUUCCGACCCCUGUCUACCUGGAGAUGGGUGGAGCCCCGACCGCGGGCGAGGACGUCGCGUACGGCGCGGAGGAGGGAGCGCUGUAG